AUGGGCAGUCAGCGGUUGUACGCCGUUACCGGUGCCCGUCUCAGCAUCGUCGCGUUCACUACCACUUUCGGUGUCAGCUUGCGCGCCGCCCUUAAAAUGCUGCGUUUUGCCAUUACCCUAAUCCUGACGCUCGCGACGAGCGCGAGGACCGUCCAGGAGAGGCCCAACUACUCGGUCGCCUCAGAAUCGCAGAUCAAGCUCGCCCUCGAGAACAACUACGAGGACACGGGCCCGGGCGCGAAGGGCCGCGAAUACGCGUACAACACCUACAAGACCCUGGAGGAGGCGCUGGUGAGCUACAUCGACGACCCGGACACGAAGCUGCCGGAGAGCGAGAGGAUGAAGGCCCUCAACCGGCUAAUAACCACCCCCAAGGAGUACGAGAGGUACACUGCGCAGCCGAUACGCGAGCUGCCGAAGAGCGUCGCGGACUAUACCGGGUACAGGCAGAUCCCGCAGAUAGCGCCCAUCGUGCUGAAGAAGAACGUCUGGCCGCAGUCGCUGUACUCCGCCCAGCCGAGCACGAAGCUCGGAAGUCACAACCUCGGCUUUUCGACGAGCAGUCUGCACACAGGGGUGCAACAUACCACGCAGCCGGUUUACAAGUUCGAGGGGGCUCCCAUCUCGGACCCAGCGCUCAUUCCCGGCCCCCUCAUUCCCGGAUACUUCCCCUUCCUUGCCAAGGUGAACCACCACCGCGAGUACAACCGGCCGCAGUACUCCACCUACGGAAUAUAUGACAAGUUCACGCCAGAUAACGCUGUCCACGAGUCCACAGUGGGUCCAGUUCGGGGCUACUACAACUUCGUAGAUGCCAGCGGGAACCAGCGCACCAUUCACUACAACGGUGAUGACAAGAGCGGCGCCCAAGCUAUCAAACGGCACCAGGGCAUCAAUCAC